UUUUCACCCCUCUGCUUCCUGUUCCCUCCCCCCAUUGUCAUCCAUAAAUUAGUGUAUGUUACUGCUGCUGUAAUUUUUUGGCCAUUGAUUUUCUCACUCCAAGGAAAAGCGAUUCUGGAGAGAGACAGAGCGAGAGCGGGGAGAGAGAGGCCUCAAUAAGCGGUGCCACUGGUUUAGCUUCUAGGGCACCCAUGGCGUCUUCCGGCAACCCAAAUCAGAGUGGUGGGUCUGGUGGCUUUGAUGUGCAGAAACUCUUCAAACCCAACAAUCCUCCAAACCCUAUCCCUAACCCUAAUGCUCCACCUGGGUAUGGGGCUGCACCAUCUGCACCACAAUUCCCAUCCCCCUACUCAUCUCCCCAACUCCCAAACCUCCCAAAUUUGCAGCCGGGGCCGUUCUCAUACCCGCCACAGACCGCACCAUACCACCACUACAUGCAUUACCCGCCAGACCCGCUUCAGAACUCCCACCCGCCAUUGAGGCCGCCGUUCAGCAACUCCCCGCUCCCUCCUCAUCCUGUUUUCUCUCCACAACUUCCCCAACCAACUGCUCCCCACAUCCCGUCCUCUGCCUCGCCUGCUCCGAAUCCGGGUGCCAGGCUUAUGGCGCUCCUCAGCACCCAAACAUCUGGAGGCGAUCCUCUCGCUAGUGCCCCUAGGAAUAUUGAACUGCCUCAUCCCCCAAUCUCAUCAGAAGCUUAUUCUCAGAGCGUGCCGGUUCUACCGAUGAUGCCGACGGCUCCGCCUAUUAGCUUGGCCGCUCCUCCGCCGGUUAUGGCUCCUGGUCGAUUACCUAGCAGUAAAUUGCCGAGGGGACGGCAUAUGGGCGGCGAAUAUGCUGUAUAUGAUGUGGAUGAUAGGCGCCCUGGUGAGGUGCAGCCUCAAUUGGAGGUCAAUCCUAUUACCAAAUAUGGUUCAGAUCCAGGUCUUGUUAUCGGGAGGCAGAUAGCCGUAAAUGGGACGUACAUAUGCUACGGAUUGAAAUUGGGCGCGAUACGGGUGCUCAACAUAAACACCGCACUGCGUCAUUUGCUUCGUGGGCAUUCGCAGAGAGUCACCGAUAUGGCUUUCUUUGCUGAGGAUGUUCAUCUCCUGGCCAGUGCAAGUGUGGAUGGUAAGGUUUUCAUCUGGAAGAUUACUGAAAGCCAUGAUGAAGAGGACAAGCCUCAGAUUACAGCAAAAAUUAUCCUAGCCAUGCAGAUAGUUGGAGACAGGGAAUUGUUUCAUCCUCGUGUUUGUUGGCACACACAUAAACAAGAAGUUUUGAUGGUAGGUAUUGGGAAUCAUGUGCUCAGAAUUGAUACUCUAAAAGUGGCAAAAGGAGAUUUUAUUUCAGAGGAGGAACCAAUAAAGUGCCCUCUCGAUAAGCCAAUUGAUGGAGUCUACAUUGUUGGCAGACAUGAUGGUGAUGUCACUGAUUUGUCAAUAUGCCAAUGGAUGACAUCUCGCUUGGCCUCAGCAUCCACAGAUGGCACAGUAAAGAUAUGGGGAGAAAGGAAGUCAUCACCACUUUUUACGCUGACGCCUCAUGAUGGCCAGCCAGUGAAUUCAGUAACAUUUUUAGUGGCACCUCAACGGCCUGAUCACGUUGUUCUUCUGACAGCAGGUCCUCUUAGCCGUGAGCUGAAAAUUUGGUCCUCAGCAAGCCCAGAAGGAUGGCUUUUGCCUAGCGAGGUUGAAUCUUGGCAUUGCAUGCAAACACUGGAGCUGAAAAGUUCAUCUGAACCACAAGUGGAAAAUGCAUUCUUCAAUCAAGUUGUAGUAUUGCCUCGUGUGGGACUUGUAUUGCUUGCUAAUGCUAAAAAGAAUGCUAUUUAUGCGGUCCACGUGGAAUAUGGAGCAAAUCCAACUGCCACACACAUGGAUUACAUUGCAGAAUUUACCGUCACAAUGCCUAUCUUGAGUCUUACUGGGACCAGUGAAAGUAUAUCAGAAACAGAGGGCAUUGUUCAAAUUUACUGUGUGCAGACACAGGCCAUUCAACAGUAUGCUCUUGAUCUGUCUCUGUGUUUGCCACCACCUUUGGAUCUCACGGCUUCAGAGUUGAGUGUCUCCCGUGCUUUUGACAUCUCGAGUUCAGAUGCCCUAAAUCCAGUAGAUUCACCACAGGAAAGUCCAGUGAAUGAUGUGGAAUUGGGAAAUUCAAGGCCCAAAUCACCAUUUCGUCAAGACAGUUCUGAGAGUGCAUCAGCAAGCAUACAGGCUGGACUAUCAGGUUCGUCGGGAGUAUCUGAAUUAGUUAUUCCUAGGGUAGGGUCAAAGUCAAAUGUGCUUUUAUCUGCUAUCUCUGAUGGGAAUAAUUCUUGUAUGCAAUCUCCGCCUCUACCUCUGAGUCCAAGACUGUCAGGGAGGUUGUCUGGUCCCAGAAGCCCACCAAAAACCUCUGAACAGAGGCCUCCUGCUGAAGGGAUUGGUGACCAGAUGGUUAACAACUACAUGGUUGACAGGAAGGUAGAGACUGUUCAUAUGGAUUUGCCUGAUAUUCCUUCCUUGAAUGAUAACUGUGGAAAUGAAAUGCUGAAAGAAAACAAUUUGCCUGCGGUCCCAAACUCUUCCAUCACUUUUAAUCUAGGUGGUAGUCCUGCACACUUGAUAACACCAUCAGAAAUACUAUCAAUGACUGUUUCUUCGGAGAAUAGUCAGCCUGCAAAAGAUUCUAAGUUGGGAGAAACAGUUGUGCAGGAUGUUGGGAUGAACAAUGAGGCUGAGAGUGUGGUAGUAGAAGUCAAGGUUGUUGGUGAGGGUGGAGUUGGUCAGCUGGAGGAGCCCGAAUCCAAGAGAGAGACCCGCAUCCUUAUUGAAGAUAAGAGAGAAAAGACUUUUUAUUCCCAGGCUUCAGACCUCAGGCGUGAUAUAGCCAGAGAAUGCUGCCCCUUACCUAAUGAGGUAUUUGGAAUGGAUGGUCGCCAAAUUGAAGAUGCUGGUGUCUCGGAUGAGAGAGAGCUGCCAUCUGAUGUACAUGAGGAUGAAGGCCAGGAUCCUACGAAGGAUGCUGCUGAGAAAGCAACUGAGAUAUCUCUGGGUUCUUCCAUUACACAAUCACCUUCUGUAAUUGUUAAAGGGAAGAAAAAUAAAGUAAAAUCUUCUCAAGCAUCAGCGUCAUCUUCCACUACUGCUAGCCCGUUCAACUCUACAGAUUCUUUGAAUGGUGAGCCUGUUAGUAGCUCGAGUGUCCCUGCAGAGGCUGCUUAUGCCCAGAUCUUAGCUAUGCAGGAGUCACUGAACCAGCUUAUAACAAUGCAAAAGGAAAUGCCGAAACAGAUGGCCACAAUGGUUACAGUGCCUAUUUCUAAAGAAGGGAAACGAAUUGAAGCAGCUUUAGGUCGUAACAUGGAUCGAAUUAUUAAAACAAAUAUUGAUGCCUUGUGGUCUCGGGUUCUUGAGGAAAAUGAAAAACAUGAGAAGGUUGAGCGUGACCGACUUCAACAGAUAACAAGCCUGGUGUCAAGUAUUAUCAAUAAGGACCUCCCUGCUCUGUUGGAUAGGACGUUGAAAAAGGAAAUUGCUGCUAUCGGCCCAACAGUGACCAAGAAUGUGAUAUCUUCUCUUGAUAAAGCCAUUCCGUCUGCAAUCACAGAAUCUUUUCAGAAAGGGUUCAGUGACAAGGCAAUCAACCAGUUGGAGAAGUCUCUAACCUCCAAACUUGAAACAGCAUUGACAAGACAGCUGCAGACACAGUUUCAAACUUCUGUCAAGCAAGUCCUUCAUGAUGGAGUGAGGUCAACGAUUGAGAGUUCAUUGAUUCCAGCAUUUGAACUUUCCUGCAAAGCAAUGUUUGAACAAAUUGAUUCCACUUUUCAGAAAGGAAUGGGAGAGUAUGUUGCUGCAGUCCAACAACAGUUAGAGACCACACACUCUAACCUUUCACUUACUUUAAGGGACGGAAUCAGCUCCCUUUCAUCUGCUGUGCAAACAUUGAACACCGAUAUUGCUGAUGGCCAGCGGAAGAUCCUUGCUUUUGCAUGUGCAAGGGCCAAUCCUGCAAUGGACCCAAUGAGUAAUUCGCUGCUCAGCAAUGGCCCUCAGGCGAUUCCCAUUCAACAGGUAGAGGUACCCCUUGAUCCCACGAAGGAGCUUACCAGGCUUAUCUCUGAACACAAAUUUGAGGAGGCAUUCACUGCAGCUCUCCAGCGGAGUGAUCUCUCUCUUGUCUCUUGGUUAUGUUCUCAGGUGGAUCUCCAGGGCAUUUUAUCCACUUCACCGUUGCCUUUAAGUCAAGGAGUCCUGUUGUCUCUUGUCCAGCAGCUUGCAUGUGAUCUUGGAAAUGAGACCACCCGGAAACUGUCAUGGGUGACUGAAGCCGCAAUGGCCCUUAAUCCAUCUGAUCCGAUGAUUAUAAUGCACGCUCGGCCCAUUCUUGAGCAGGUAUACCAGAUGCUAAUGAGGCAAAGGGCAGUAACAACAGCUUCCGGUGAAGCCAACAGCAUUCGCAUGGUUAUCCAUGUUAUCACAUCCAUACUGAAAACCUGUAAGUGAUGUCUCGAGCUUCCUGGCGAUUUUGGAGACUAGCAUUGCCAAGUUCCAAAGUGUGAAAAAGUGAAUUAUGAUGUAUAGAAAUUUUCUAGGAACUUAUAAGAGGGUCGGUCAUGGUGUACAUUUGGGAGAUGAGUCGUGUAAUUUCUCUUUUUUGUUUGUUUUCUGUUCUUCCACCUAGUGAGAUAAAAGGACUGUUUAUUUUA